GAUUAGUUGAAGCUUUAAUCUAAAAACGUGACUACUGAGCCACUAGUUAUACUUACUAAAGAUAGAUAUAGAUUUCCGAGUUUAAAGGAAAAUCAGUGGAAAUCAGGAGAAAAGAGAUUUGCCAUUGGACGUGGAGAUAAUGGCUUCUGAAUUGCAGUGGAAGGUUGUCAAAUUUAGACAAAAUACUGCAAUCUCAAAGACUAAUCUCCCCAAGAACAUGGAAGCAGGAAAAGUUUUCCCCAUCAGAGAUGUGAAAAUGUCCACACAAAUCAAAUAUGUUAGUGUUCAAGGCACUAUAAAAGAGAUAUAUGAUGUGAAAACCGUCCAAAUGAAAACAGAUAAAGGAAUGAAGAAAGACAAGCAAGACUUUCAACUGGAGGACGGUACUGGAUCCAUCAAAAUCAGUUUGUGGGGUGACGACACCAGACACUUGAAUGGGAUAUCAGUCGGAGAUGUUGUUCAGGUCAACAAUUUAAAGACAAAUAUCUUUAAGGGCAUAGUGUCUCUAAACUCCACGGACCAAACUACAAUCACCAAGCAGGAGAAGGUUGUCAAAGUUGGACAAAAUUCCGCAAUCUCAAAGGCUAAUAUCGGCAACAACAUGGAAGCAGAAAAAGUUUUCCCCAUCAGAGAUGUGAAAAUGUCCACACAAAAAAAAGACGUUAGCGUUCAAGGCACCAUAAAGGAGAUAUAUGAUGUGAAAACCGUCCAAAUGAAAAAAGAUAAAGGAAUGAUGAAAGACAAGCAAGACUUUAAACUGGAGGACGGUACUGGAUCCAUCAAAAUCAGUUUGUGGGGUGACGACACCAGACACUUGAAUGGGAUAUCAGUCCGAGAUGUGGUUCAGGUCAACAAUUUGAAGACGAAUGUCUUUAAGGGCAUAGUGUCUCUGAACUCUACGGACAAAACUACAAUGACCAAGAUGGACAUUAAGACACUCCAAGACUCCGGAGCAGAGAUGAACAAAAUGAAGGAGCAUGGACAGGACCAGCAACAUGAUUUUAGCGUCGGGAGCACACCACGAGCUGGAUAA